GGGGAAGCUAGCCCCUGGCUUCCGCUUCGUUUCUUCUCGGGGGUCGCGCGCUUGCUCUCACCUGCUGGCUCCCCACCCCGGUAAAAUUUCCGUGAUUGUCACGAAUCUUACAGGGGAUGCUCCGUCCAGUCUGCUCUCCAAGUCAGAGCCAGCAGUAGUUGAUCAUUUCUGGCAAUGAGGAUGUGCCCAGCAGAAGCACACAAGCGACGUCAAACAUGGGGCCUAGGAGAUGGGCCCCUCCCGGAACCUUGGCCAGCGGCCUGCCAUCCAUGUGCCUCCCCUGCCGCGGUUCUGUAACCGUGGCGACAAGCAGUGAAGCACUGAGUUGGUUAAGCUUCUGCAACAAACUCCGUUCCUCCUAUUCUUGGGCAAUGAGCGGUUCAUCUUCCCGUGCUAUACGGCCCGAGGCGAGAGAUUCUUCCCCCGAGGGGGCUGCCGAGACCAUGAUUUCGGAAGUUCUCUCUCAUACCGAAAGUCCUGCGGUGAGGCUAACAAUCUCCCAGCUAAACCUGAGCAUCGUGUGCUAUGCUUUCGAGUCCCAAGCAACGCAUCAGCCGUUUUUCUUGUAGUUCACCCUUCGCGAAGCAAGUCUUCACACAAACUUCCUUACUAAAGAAGGGGAUUGCAAAUCGUGUUCACUUCCCACGCCUUCCCUCGUAUCAGGGUAGCAUUCUCUGGUAUUCAAAGCAAAUUUAUUAUCUACUCGGGGUCUCCUUGGAGUACCCGAGGCCCACAACACAAGAUCCAAACAUGAGGUGGUUGCUCUUGGAUCACUGGCGCCUACCAGGGUACGAUCGAGCUCCUUGCUAGCUUGUUAGCGAGGCACAUGGCAGGCGCCAAUGAAGAACGAAUCAUUGGAUAUUUGUGGCAACGAA